CCCUAAUCUGAGUCUUCAUAACCUCGGCGAGUCGGCUUGAAGCAGCGAGAGAAGCUACAACAGCAGCUCUAAUCACCGGCGGAAGAGUUCUCCAACGGUAGCGAUGGGUAAGGUUCACGGAUCUCUUGCUCGUGCAGGUAAGGUGAGAGGCCAAACUCCGAAGGUGGCCAAACAGGACAAGAAGAAGAAGCCACGCGGCCGCGCUCACAAGCGUAUGCAAUACAACCGUCGUUUUGUCACCGCCGUGGUGGGAUUUGGCAAGAAGAGGGGACCCAACUCCUCAGAGAAGUAAAGCUUGAGAGAAUGAGGACUUCUGCUGGUGAAGAUGCUUUACGCCUUUACCUUUUGUCUUGUCAAAAUUUCUCAUUACUCAAGUCUUGUAGUGGUUUUAGUAACUUUUAUUUUGUUUGAACUAUGAUGAAGACAUUGUCAUUUAAUUGGCUGGAAAUUACAUGAUUGGAUUUGGAAUUCAGAUAUUGAAUGCAGAGUUUAUU